AUGGACAGGGAAGACAAUGUCAAAAAGCCGAAGUGUGAAAUGUCUGACAGUGACACAUACGUCGACGUGACGGAUGAUAGAACAAAAAUUGUGGAAAACAAAGUGAAAAAAGUGACCGACACUCUUUACAAGAUGGGGUCGAUCGACAGUGACCUAAGAAGGUAUCUCACCAGCAGCAGUGGAACUUCCGGUAAGCUUCAGAGCAACCCGAAGCUUCAUAAACCUGGGAUGCCUCUCCGCACUAUUGUAAACGGCCGUAAUCACCAGACAGAGAAGAUGGCGGCAAUAGUGGAGAAUGGACUAUGCGAUCAUGUGACGUCACUUCCGUCGUAUGUGAGAGACACAACCGACGAUCUAAACAAAAUAGUACAGAUACAGCACCCGUUACCAGACGGUACCAUCAUAUAUUGUUUGGAUGUAAAGGUUCUUUACCCCAGCGUACCAAGAGAAGAGGCCCGUGCUGCAGUAACUGAAGCUCUCAAUCGGCGAGUGCAACCGGAAGUACCAACCAACGACAUGAUCAUAAUGAUGGACACUGUCCUAAAUAACAACACCAUUUCAUUCAAUGGAGACCACUACAUGCAAAAUGAAGGAACUGCCAUAGGAUCGCACUUAGGUAUGAACUACGCGUCGACCUAUAUGGAAGCCUGGAAGAAAGAAUUAUUUUCGAAAUCAAAUAAACAUCCAAUAGCUUACUUCCGGUUCGUUGAUGAUGUUUGGGGCUUGUUGACACAUGGUUUGGAGGAACUAAAGACAUUCCACGCGUUUGCAAAUACAAUCCAUCAACGGAUACAGCUCGAGCUCCGCUACUCCACAGAGCAUCUCGAAUUCCUAGACACUAUGACGUUAAUUCGAACAGGAAGGCUGGUUACAGACGUAUACACCAAACCAACAGAUAGGCACCUCUACAUGCACAAGGACUCGUCUCAUACCGAGUCUACGAAAGGGGCCAUUCCGUACGGCUUAGGUGUGAGGCUGAAACGAAUAUGUUCGGAAAGAAAGACUACAAAAAAACACAGCGAUGAGAUCAAAGAACAACUACUGCAGCGAGGAUACAAUGGCCGAUUCGUCGAGACAGAACUGAAGAUAGUUGAUAGCAAGAAGCGAGAAGAUCUGCUGCGUACAAAUGUGUCUUCAAAAAGAGCGGACCUUGUGGGCGCAGAGGUGCGCAAUCUGUCCGUACAUGAUGGAGGCCGAAGGUUCAGCGAUACCACCGGCAAAAGCUACAAUGGGCGGAACGAGGUCACAAGCAAAUCCACCAAUGUAGUCUACGCUGUACACUGCGAACGAUGUAAGACCUUUGUAUACGUAGGGGAAACGGAAGAGACCCUGUACCAGCGACAUCUCCUUAACCUGUCCCGGAUACGGACUGGACACAAUGACCCGGUUGCCGAACACUUUUGCACAAACGGCCACACGAUUUAA